AUGGCGGCGGGCAGAGUCACACAGAAGAGGCGGACGUGGUGCUGCUGGACUCUCUUGCCCCCGUCCCCCCAACUUCUCUUCCUCCUUGUAUCCCUUCAUCCAUCCCUCCCUUCGUCUGCUCCUCCCUUCCUCCAUGCCGCCUCCUCGUCGCUGCUUGACGCAUCGCCCUCUCAUCGCCUUCGCCUCCACCGCCACCUCGCCGCCUUUAGGGACGAAACUGGCUGUCCUUCCCUUGUCUCCACUUUCCUCCAUGUCCGCUUCUCCCUGCAUGCGUCUCAACCUUGUCCUCUCCCCCCUGUCCUCCGCUCUCCCCCCUUGUCCUCUCCCCACUGUCCUCCUCUCUCCCUUCCUUUCCCUCAUGUACCAACUUCCUUUCCCUUAUUGAUCCCCCCUCUAACCCCUCAUUCCCUUCCUUCCUUUCCGCCUUCCCUCCGUUUCUCCCCUUUCUUCCCCGUUGCUCUAGCUUUCCCCCCUUGCGUGCCUUCAUUUCCCCCACUGCUUCCCCUCUUUCCCCCCCUGCUUCCCCCCAAUCCCCCUCCUCCCCUUUCCCCCAGGUCGCACUUCCCCUUCCCCCUAGGUCCCUCCUCCCCCAUCCCCCAGUGUCUUGCUAUGUGCAGGACGAAGCCGUGCCUUCACAAGUUUGGUGGCGCAAGGGUGCAGCAGCAGGGGCAAGAGUACAUAGAGGAGUUGAAACAAUACGGUAAGAGGAGUGGUGGGACACUGUUUUGA